AUGGUCUUCAGGGCCGGUACAAGGACUUAUUCGAAUGUGCCUCCUGUAAGACUGUGCGGGAGUCCAUUGGUUCAAGUUGAACGUUUUAAGUACCUGGGCCACUGGGUCACCGAGACUCAAUGUGACAACUCGGACAUUGAGAGGGAGCGUAGGGCGCUGGCUGUCCGAUGCAACAUGUUGCCACGCAGAUUUGCACGUUGUGGCAAGCAGGUUAAGGCGACGCUUUUCAAAGCUUACUGCCAAUCUUUCUACACGUGCGGCCUGUGGGUCAACUAUACGCAGAAGGCAUACAGCGCGCUACGUGUGCAGUACAAUGAUGCGCUCAGGAUACUGUUUGGACUUCCGCGAUUCUGUAGCGUUUCUCUAAUGUUUGCUGAAGCGAGGAUAGACUGCUUCUAUACAAUAAUGAGGAAGAGAGGCGCCUCGACCCUAAAUCGAAUGUGUACGAGUUCGAACAGUAUCCUGGGUGUGCUGGUCGGCAGGUGGGACGCGCCUAUGUUCGCGCGGUGGAUGCGAUUGCACACAUCUAGCAAUCGUUAA